AUGGGAAGCAACCAGUCAUGGGUCACAGAAUUCAUCUUGGUGGGAUUCCAGCUCCGUGCAGAGAUGGAAGUGCUCCUCUUCUGGAUCUUCUCCCUGUUCUACAUAUUUAGCCUGUUGGCAAACGGCAUGAUCUUGGGACUCAUCUGUCUGGACUCGAGACUACACACCCCCAUGUACUUCUUCCUCUCCCACCUGGCCAUCAUUGACAUUUCCUAUGCAUCCAAUAAUGUCCCCAAGAUGUUGGCAAACUUAGUGAAUCAGAAGAGAACCAUCUCCUUUGUUCCAUGCGUAAUGCAGACAUUUUUGUAUUUGGGUUUUGCUGCUACGGAGUGCCUGAUCUUGGUGGCGAUGUCUUAUGAUAGGUUUGUGGCAAUCUGCCACCCCCUCCAGUACACUGUCAUCAUGAGCUGGAGACUGUGCCUGGUCCUGGCUGUCACUUCCUGGUCAUGUGGAUUUAUUCUGGCUCUGGUACAUGCAAUUCUCCUUCUACAGUUGCCCUUCUGUGGACCCCGGGAAGUGAAUCACCUCUUCUGUGAAAUCCUAUCUGUCCUCAAGUUGGCCUGUGCUGACACAUGGAUCAACCAAUUGGUUAUCCUUGCUGCCUGUAUGUUUGUCUUAGUUGGGCCCCUCUGUUUAAUGCUAAUCUCCUACAUGUGCAUCCUCUGGGCCAUCCUUAAAAUCCAGUCUGGGGAAGGCCGCAGAAAGGCCUUCUCCACCUGUUCGUCCCAUCUCUGUGUGGUUGGACUCUUCUUUGGCAUAGCCAUGGUUGUUUAUAUGGUCCCAGAUUCCAAACAACGAGAAGAGCAAGAGAAAAUAUUAUCCCUUUUUCAUAGUCUUUUUAACCCAAUGCUGAACCCUCUCAUUUACAGCCUGAGGAACGCUCAGGUAAAGGCUUCUUUGUAUAGAGCACUGAAGAAAAGGUCCAUGUGA